UCCGCCGCGGCCGAUCCCAAAAAGCAGGAAGAGCAUCCGAGGAGCAGCCGCCGCCCGCGGGAGCCGCGCGUUCCACUCCGGAGGCGGCAGCCCGAUUCUCCCCGAAGUUGGCUCCCGCUUUAGCAGCCGCAUUGGAUCCCACAGCCUACUGCGAGACUCCGGUGUACAAUCCGGAUCUCUGCCCCAACAUGAUCGCGGCCCAGGCCAAGCUGGUGUACCACCUGAACAAGUACUACAACGAGAAGUGCCAAGCCAGGAAAGCCGCCAUCGCCAAGACGAUCCGCGAGGUGUGCAAGGUGGUGUCGGACGUGCUGAAGGAGGUGGAGGUGCAGGAGCCGCGCUUCAUCAGCUCCCUCAACGAGAUGGACAACCGCUACGAGGGGCUGGAAGUCAUCUCCCCCACCGAGUUCGAGGUGGUGCUCUACCUCAACCAGAUGGGCGUCUUCAACUUCGUGGACGACGGCUCCCUGCCGGGCUGCGCCGUGCUGAAGCUGAGCGACGGCCGCAAGCGGAGCAUGUCGCUCUGGGUGGAGUUCAUCACGGCCUCGGGCUACCUCUCGGCCCGCAAGAUCCGCUCCCGCUUCCAGACGCUGGUGGCCCAAGCCGUGGAUAAGUGCAGUUACCGCGACGUGGUGAAGAUGAUCGCGGACACGAGCGAGGUGAAGCUGAGCAUCAGGGACAGGUACGUGGUGCAGAUCACGCCCGCCUUCAAGUGCACGGGGAUCUGGCCGCGGAGCGCUGCCCACUGGCCGCUGCCCCACAUCCCCUGGCCCGGCCCCAACCGCGUGGCCGAGGUGAAGGCGGAGGGCUUCAACCUGCUCUCCAAGGAGUGCUACUCGCUGACGGGCAAGCAGAGCUCGGCCGAAAGCGACGCCUGGGUGCUGCAGUUCGCAGAAGCCGAGAACAGACUGCAGAUGGGCGGCUGCAGGAAGAAAUGCCUCUCCAUCCUCAAAACGCUGCGGGACCGGCACCUGGAGCUGCCCGGGCAGCCGCUCAACAACUACCACAUGAAGACUCUCGUUUCGUACGAAUGCGAAAAGCACCCGCGGGAGUCGGACUGGGACGAGGCGUGCUUGGGCGACCGCCUCAACGGCAUCCUGCUGCAGCUCAUCUCCUGCCUGCAGUGCAGGAGGUGCCCGCACUACUUCUUGCCCAACUUAGACCUCUUUCAGGGCAAACCUCACUCGGCCCUGGAAAACGCGGCCAAACAGACGUGGCGACUGGCCAGGGAGAUACUGACCAACCCGAAAAGUUUGGAGAAACUUUAGAGGGGAGCCCUAAAAGGGCCCGGAACCGGCUUCUUUCCCGACGAAGUUUUAAGCUUCCCUUUCGAGAAGUCAGAGAUUUCCACUUGACAAUGCAAACAGUGUUCUCUUAAAAAAAAAAAAAAGAAAAAAAGAAAGAAAGAAAAAAAAAAAAAAAAAAAGAAAAAAAAAAAAAGGAAUAUAGCGUAGGCUCUUCACCGAGAAAAAGCGAAUGAAAGCCGCAAGCAUCACUAUCACCCUCCUCGUCACGGUUUCUCGCGAAAAUGAUAAUAAUAAAACAAUAAAAUAAAAAAAAUCAAUGUGUUACCCGGAAAGCGAAAUUGGCCGUGAUUUACCGCGGCUCUGAGCACUCCGCCCAGGAACGGUACCCACGGAUUAUAACAAACGCGGUCUUUUUCUGUACACCCCCCCAUUUACUCCCCCCCCCAACCCCCCCCCACCCCGUGAGUAAACGCUGUUUGGAGACGCCACCUGACCGACCCCGAUGUACCUUUUGAUUUGUAUCAGAUAUUGUGAGCUCACAUUGUCUUUGAAAUUGUGGAUGUUGGUGUUGUGUGAUUUGGUGAACAGAAGUUAAAUUGCCAUUUUGGAUACUUCAAGGACAUUUUCUGCUAACGAGGAGAUACCAUUUGAAAAGGUAGAUUUUAUCACGGUACUUUUGUUAAUUGUCUUUUGAAGUGUCUGAACUUAACGAGUUUACAUUUUUUCGUUUCAUAUAUAUUGCUUGUUCUAUUUCUAACAUUCCAUAAAUAUACUUGAAAUGUUAUUUAAAUAUAUUCGAAAGAAAUUUGGAUUCUGCUUAUAUAAUAACGCUUGAAUAUUGGAAUUAUAUAUUUGAAAAUGCACUUGAAAUACACUGGAUAAUUACCUUUUGUGAUUUAGAUUUUAAUUUCUGUUGCUGAUUUAUUUAAUUACGAGCUAAUAAAUGAAAUAAAACGC